UCUCUUGGGGCGACAAGUCAACACAUUCACGCUCCUAUAUAAACAGACUGGGCCAGUGGUGCCUCUUACUCUGUUUUCUAGAGAAGAGGGAAUACAAUACGAGUGACACCAUGAAUAAGCUGCUUGUCAUUACUGUACUGGUUGCGCUCCUCGCUCUCAGCGCUGAAAGCUUCCGUAUGCCAAGGCAGGCUGAGGAGGAGCAGGGGACCCUGACCAAGAUCACAGGCACCAUAAGGUCCUACUACGACAAUGCCGUCGACACUGCCAAUGGAUACUUGGAUAGCAUCAAGGGCCUGAAGCUGGAGGAGAAGGCAAAGAAUCUUUACACUGAUACUACCACAGUCGUGAGCACAUACGCUGGCAUCUUACAUGACCAGGUGUACCACAUCUUUUACCAGAAUUAAACAAAAACUGAUUUCCAAUGGCCUCAGCUACAUUUUCUGACAACAUGAGAACUUUCAAGCUCAACACGAAAGGCCCAAACGUCAAUUGGCAUUUCGAAUUUGCUCAUAUCUCACCUCACCCCAGCCUCAAAACCGACAAACAGCAUCUUCAAAAAGAAAAAUAGUGGACCCCCUGCUCUUUGUGGGGCUUUCUUGGGCCACCGCACUGGUGGCAAAUGAUGAUAACCACCCAACAGGGACUGUAAUCCUUUGAAAAAAAAACAACAACAACAACAACUAACAGCUUGUACAGAGGAACAGGACAGAAGAAGUUGGCGGUCACAAGG